CUCAUCCGUUGUUUAAUCGUCAAUCGUCCUUGGGCUUUCGAGAUCUUUUCCACUGCAAAGUUCACCGUCGAAGUCUCCUGGUCCUGGUAUCUAACUCAAGCUUCCAUGCACGUCAAUAUCUCUUGAUUGUCUUACACGCUGCAAGCAUCGAUGCUCCUUCUCCGAUAUACUCCAUACAACCACUUCGAGGUCAAGCAGUGCGGAGGUACAAUAAGAGAAGUGCAAAUACGGCCGGGGAAAGCUUGCAAGAGGGAGUAGCCAAGUUUCUGAUUGGUCUCCUCUGGAGGCUUCGAGACCUUUAUCAAUUGAGCCCUACGUCCUGGGAGGUUUCCAGACGCAAUCUCCUGUAUGACUGAACUGGCAGACAUUUUUGCGGAGCUUGGUAUCUCGCACUACCUUCACGACUUCCUCGAACAAGGCUUUGAUACGUGGGAGACAAUCCUUGACAUCACAGAGUCGGACUUCGACGCCCUUGGUGUUAAGCUUGGCCACCGGAGAAAAUUACAAAGAAAGAUUGCAAAUUCGAGAGGUUUAUCUUCCGACAGGGCCCUCGCAUCACCUCGACAUACUCCAAGCGAUGAUCGCUCCUCGGAGGAGAACCGGGCUGUUGGAUGCAAGGUAGACAGUAAGAAUGAAAGUACUCCGGUUCAAGGUGCGAAGAGAAAGUAUAGACGACAUCCCAAACCAGACGAGAACGCCCCUGAAAGACCACCUUCUGCAUAUGUUAUCUUUUCAAACAAAAUGCGCGAGGAACUGAAGGGGAGAAACCUAUCUUUCACCGAGAUCGCAAAGCUUGUGGGCGAGAAUUGGCAGAAUCUGGCGCCGGCGGAGAAGGAACCGUACGAGCAGCAAGCAUUUUCGGCCAAGGAAAGAUACAACAACGAAUUGGCCGAGUACAAGAAGACGAACAACUACAAGGAGUAUGCGCAAUACCUGGCCGACUUUAAAGCGAGGCAGUCAACCCAGAGUCAAGGUACGUCGUGCAACUAAAGCUCGUGUGAAAUCUCGCAAUGAAGAGAGACUGCUAAUAACAUAACUUCAGCAGCCGACUCGGAGGCGGCCAAAAGACCAAAG